AUGUCAAAUCUGUUGGCGGUGAUUACCAUCAGAUCUAUUGUUCCGACGAAGCACAUAGGAGAAGUUUUCGUAUAUUCCAUCAGAUCUGGAUGUCAAAGAUUUGGAGACGAACUAGAUCUGGACAUCGAAGUCGAAUCUGAAGCUGAAAUUAUAGAUCUGGAGCUAACCGGAGCUUGUGGAUUUGGUGGCGGUGGUUCAUCGACGGUUGGAGGCGGCGGCGGUUCGCCGACUGUAGGAGGCGACGACAGUCAAGGGUGGUGGUUGGUGGCUACCUGGUGGUAA